CAAGACGCACAACCAGAAAUUUCUAGACAUACUUCAUCAAUUUUACUAUUUAAGAUACCUUCCCUUAUAUCUAGCACUCGAAUACCACAAGCACACACACACACGAUCAUCUCGUUUCCUCUGUCAUUAAAUCAGAAUCUCCAGGGCAUGGCUUCCUCCAACAGAUUGGCGUUGAUUCUUUUCCUUGCUUAUUCAUUCAUCUCGCAAACAAGUCUAGGUGAAAUCAUAUGUGAGGAGUUGCCUAAAGAUGUAUGCGCGUUUUCCAUUUCAUCAUCUGGGAAAAGGUGCUUGCUGGAGAAUUCGGAGACCAAGAAAGGUGUGGAAGAUCAGUGCAGUACAUCUGAUGUGGUUGUGCAGGGAAUGUCAGAGCACAUAGAGACAGAGGCAUGUGUUAAUGCAUGUGGAGUUGAUCGGAGAACGAUAGGGAUAUCAUCAGAUUCAUUGCUGGAGCCACAGCUUACCACCAAGCUUUGCUCCCCAGAUUGUUACCACAACUGCCCCAACAUUAUUGACCUUUACUUCAAUUUGGCUGCAGGAGAAGGAGUGUUUCUACCUGAUCUGUGUGAGAAACAAAAGACGAACCCUCAUCGUGCAAUGCUGGAUCUAAUGAAUUCCAGUCCAGCUUUUGCUCCGUCUUCAAAUGACGAAGCUGAAGAAUAUUUUGUGUCACCUGCUCCUUCAAGUGAAGUUGAUGAAAAUGUCGAAAUUGCUCCAGCUCCUUCAAGCAACUGAAACUGAAAGAGUGAUGAUAUUUCUGCCUACAUAGCAAAAGAGAUUAAUUGAGUUUGUCUUUUUGGUUGAGUAACAUAUUGCUCUUUCAUGAGCGACGAAGCAGAGGAUUUGGAUACACAUUGGAAGCAAUAAAAUGCUCUUGAGCGCGUACUCAGAAUCUUACUUAAUUGUAGUUUAUUUAAUCUGUGUAAUGUUUGUCGAUUAGUUCGACAAAGCUUUGUCUAAUUGUCUCUGGUUAUUUUGAAACUAACUUUUGAAUGCUA